AUGAGCUUGUUCCUAAGCAACAAAGACUACAGACAGGAACCAGAGGACAGGAACCAGAGGACAGGAACCAGAGGACAAGAACCAGAGGACAAGAACCAGAGGAGAGGAACCAGAGGACAGGAACCAGAGGACAGGAACCAGAGGACAAGAACCAGAGGACAGAGACCAGAGGAGAGGAACCAGAGGACAGGGACCAGAGGACAGGAACCAGAGGACAGGAACCAGAGGACAGGAACCAGAGGACAAGAACCAGAGGACAGGGACCAGACGAGAGGAACCAGAGGAGAGGAACCAGAGGACAGGAACCAGAGGACAGGGACCAGAGGACAAGAACCAGAGGACAGAGACCAGAGGAGAGGAACCAGAGGACAGGAACCAGAGGACAGGAACCAGAGGACAAGAACCAGAGGACAGAGACCAGAGGAGAGGAACCAGAGGAGAGGAACCAGAGGACAGGAACCCGAGGACAGGGACCAGAGGACAGAGACCAGAGGAGAGGAACCAGAGGACAGGAACCAGAGGACAGAGACCAGAGGACAAGAACCAGAGGACAGGAACCAGAGGACAGGAACCAGAGGACAGGAACCAGAGGACAGGAACCAGAGGACAGGAACCAGAGGACAGGAACCAGAGGACAGGAACCAGAGGACAGGAACCAGAGGACAGGAACCAGAGGACAGGGACCAGAGGACAGGGACCAGAGGACAGGGACCAGAGGACAGGGACCAGAGGACAGGGACCAGAGGACAGGAACCAGAGGACAGGAACCAGAGGACAGGAACCAGAGGACAGGAACCAGAGGACAGGGACCAGAGGACAGGAACCAGAGGACAGGGACCAGAGGACAGGGACCAGAGGACAGGGACCAGAGGACAGGGACCAGAGGACAGGGACCAGAGGACAGGAACCAGAGGACAGGAACCAGAGGACAACAUGAUAAGACUGCCCGACCCGCCUGCUUAA